CACCACCAGGCCAACUCAGCUGGUUAAAAAAAAAAACUAACUAUGGCGAUUCUUGCUCUCUGUGUUUCUUCCCUUUCGAUCUACAAUCACAAGCUCUUGUACACAACUCAUCUUCUUCGCAUGCGAUCAAAGACUCGCCUUAUUCUUCUCUUUUCUUUCCGUUUCUUCAUCUCUUUCCGUCUCUUCACUUCUUCUUCUUCAAUCAACGACCACAAAGCAUCUUCAUCUUCUCCUCUACACAGUAGAGCGGCGACGACCAUGUGCAGACAGCAAAGCAGGAGGGAUGAUCUGGAUUGUCUUGUCUAUAUGAUUAUGUAUUUUCUUCGAGGAAGCUCCAUCAGGUUGUGGGCUCUAAGUGGCGAAGUUCUAAGUCACGACUCUUCACCAAGGUGGUUUGUUUUGUACAGUGGAGUACCAGCUUCACAGCAGAACCUUGAAGACACUGAUGAAACUUGUGCAGAUUCAAGAUAUCAUUCUGAUCAUGGAAGUGGUUCUCAGGUGACAUGUGAAGACCGGAGUCCCGCGGGCCUGUACCAGGCUUGUGCAAGUUUCGGGACGGGAUUAGGUAGCACUUCUCGGGACCGCAUCCCGCACGGGCCUGUAUCGCCAAGACCCGCAUUGAACGUGUACCGCGGCGAGGUGGGACUAUGCGGGGUGGUACAACCCAAUUGCCAUCAGUAUCUGUUGGUGUCGAUCGAUUCCAUCUUGUUGAUGUGGAUUGAUGUCAUCCGCUUUAACUCGAUAUGGGAUGGGAGGAUGCGUGUGUCGAGCGGUGGAGUCUGAGUGGCUCUGAAUUUGAACUGUUUUGCACGAUCCCAAAAGUAGUGUCGAUCGACGGCUGAUGGUCUCAAUCGACACCAGUGCGAGCUGCCGAUGGACGUAGAACUUUCGACUUGAAAGUCCCUUCUUGGAGCUUUUCUUGCUUUGCCAAUUCCUCAAAAUUAUCAUCUAAGAUGGCAUCAACCUGGUGCCUCUUACUUUCCUCAGCUUUCCCUUUAACCAGAGCUUCUUACUUCUGCAGUCAGAGAAACAUGGGUGCCUCACGACAUAGGCGUCCAAGGUUUCAGAUUUUUCAUUCAGCUCUUUGUAGUUAAAAUCCAAUCUCAUAUUUAAGUAUGCACUCAUCUUCUGCUGAAUUUCCAGGACCUUUUCCAUCUUAGAUUCCAUCCUCUGAAAACCGGCUUCAUUGAUGUGAUUCACAUCCUUCUCUACAGCCUGUUCCACCCUCGAGACUUCAUGUAUAGAACAAAUUUUGGCCUUGACCUCAACGAUCUUGUCACCAUUGUAGCCAAUUUCUUCAUGUGCAUAUCUGCAUUCUUGGUAUUAUUGCUAGAAACCAAGUUCUCAAUCAGUCUCUUAGCUUCUUUUGAGGUCUUGGUCUUGAUGUUUCCUUCAUUUGUACCAUCCAACAUCAAUAUAUAACACAAAUGAAUUCGCUGAAGAAAAUUUCCAACAGCUGAACUUCCGUGAAACCAUGAUGUGAACAGUCCCGUUGGUAUCUUUUAAACAUGUUCCAAGAGCUUUUGAAAGCUUCAAUAGGUCCCUGAGAGACAAAUUUUAUCCUUCAUCUCUUCACCCUUUUCAUCAUCGGAAAAUUCAGUUAGGAACGCAGUCUUAACAACAUUCCAUGUAGUAUAGAAAGCAUAGCCGUCAACAAUGGCUUAGAAAAUACAUAAAUAUGGUUUCAAGCCGUCCAGAGGCAUUCUGGUAAUUUGUGAUGACUUCUGGGCGUAAGUCGAUCUUGAAAUAAACUCGGACCGUCAGCGACACUAAGGCUGUGUUGUCGAUCGACACUCCUUCUAAUCCUCGACAACUUCCUCUCGCGAGUCAGACAGACCACUCUUUAGUAAAACGAUCAUAACCUCUGCUAUAGAAUGCUGACUGACCUCAAACCCAGUGGAAUUGGAAAGCUAACUCAAAUCUCUAUCAUGUGUCAAAAGAUGGGCUCAAUCGCACCGUGGCAAAUUCUUCAUCCAUAGCUAAACGUCUGACGCACCUAAGCAAUUCUGCACUUCAAAAAGUUCCAGAAUCACCAAAGUUCUCUAAAAUACACCUAAACCUGAAAACACUUUAAAACAGAAUUCAAACACAUAUAGUAGACUCUAAAUAGAUCAUAUACCAUGGUCUAAAAAUAGUAAAAUCGAUGAUAUACCAGUUAGGCGUGGAGAGCAAAGACUUUAGUUGUUUGUCAUUUUCAAGACCUUGUGUAUGUACAAGGAUCUUAUUUAUUUAAACUGGUCGAAAUUUAAUGAAACAGCAACCAUUUUUCAGACUAAAAACUUGUUUUUCUUCUUCAGUUCUCUUUUGAGUACUCAUGUGCUGGUGUGUAAUAUCCAUCAAAUCAAGAACUUUGUUUGGUGUGUAAUAUGAACAAAGAACUU